AAUAAGAUCAGCCGCGUGCCCACUUUUUAGAAAGUAAUCUACAUUUGAACUAACUUACUAGUGAGCUAGCGAGAAACUUAAUUUAUUGCCGAACAUUUUAUAGCAGUAAAUUCGAGAGUAAAUUCUCCACACUCACGUGUUGUAGGCGUAACUGAUAAAGCCUCGAAUAAUUCCAACGAUAAGUACUGCAACUUGAACAUUCAGUUACUAGUAAUUCAACAAUAGUCGGGUGCUAAAAUUCACAUCGUUUCAGUAGAAGCUUCAAAGUUGAAACAAUGGAUUUGAUCUACUUAAAGUAGAAAUCGAUAUUGAUUUAUGUCAAUUGAAUAAACAUGUCUCACUUUUCAAUUUUCACGUGCGUUUCGAAAUUCUUUCUAGCGAUUGCUGCGAUCGAUAUGAAAUUGUUGAAUGUGAUCAUUUUGAGUUUAUGUUUUAUGUUUUUAAACUCUGUGUAUCAAGCAACAUCCAACAUACAGAAAACAAUUUUCGACCGAAUUGCGAAGGAAGAUCCAAGUUUCACUGGAGAUGGAUACAUUAGCUUAUCUAUUGGCAACGCUGGCCUUUCACUCAGUUAUUUAUUAACACCAUCAUUUGCCCUGGUUGUCAAAAGUCGAUUAGCUAUUUUAAUCGGUUCUCUAUCCAAUGCUUUUUAUAUGUGUUCAUUCCUCUGGCCAGAAGUUAUUUUAAUGUACUCAGCGUCAGCAAUUCAAGGAUUAGGUUAUGGCUUAGCUUGGAUUGGCGCUACACAAUACAUUGUAGAAAAUAGCAAUUCCACCACAGUAUCACAAAAAUUUGGAAUAUUUUAUGGCAUCAAUCAACUCUCCAAUAUAGUGGGCAAUCUUAUAGUUUACUUCUCAUUCACUGGAACAACAUACGACAAAUCCACCAGAGAAUUAAUAUUUACCAUACUCGUUAUUUUUUCUGUAAUUAGUGUCGUAUUUGCGAUAUUAUUGAGAAAGCCACCGCAAAUAGAAAAAAUCUCCAUUGAACCAAUUGCAACAGUGACGAAGGAGAUGAUUCCUGAGAAUCGAGAAAUUUUGAGAAAGACUGUUAGUACACUAAAUUUGAUGAUGGAAGGCUUAAAGAGUUUGAUUACUUUGAUUAUCACAACGGAUAUCAAUUUAUUACUUCCAAUCUUCGUCUACAGUGGUUUAAUAUUUUCCUUCAACUCGGGAAUAUUUACUGCAUGUGUGGGCUUCACAAAAAAAAUCAGCAGUUCCCCGGAAAAACUGAUCAGUGUUAUGGGAAUCUGCAUAGGAUUUGGAGAAAUACUGGGUUCAAUUUUUUUUAAAUGUAUGGCGUCGAGGGUAAAGAAAAUUUUUGGAUUAAACUGGAUUAUUACCAUGGGAGUAUUAACCCAUAUAUUUUCUUUCAUACUGAUAUUGGUGAACUUACCGGAUGACUCUCCAUUCAAGGAUACAGAGAAUGUGAGUUUUAUCUCACCAUCGCCAAUCUUAGCAAUGAUUUCAGCAUUCACCCUUGGUUUUGGAGAUGCUUGCUUCAAUAUUCAAAUUUUUGCUUGUUUAACUUCACUUUAUCCAAAUGACAACGUCGCAGCUAAUUCUUAUUACAAUUUUUGGCAAUCUGUCGCUAUGUCAACAUCAUACUUUUAUAGUAAUUAUUUUGGCCUGCACCUGCAGCUUGGUAUAUUGCAGUUCACAGUGAUUUUUGGAACAAUUCUUUACAGCAUUAUUAUCUACAAGAAUAAGACAGUGAAAAAUAUUGAAAUGUCUUCUGUGAAUUCAUGACACUGUAUGUUCAGGUUAAUUAGAAAAUUAGAUAAGGUAGGAAUUUUCGGAUUAUAUAUUUCUUAAUUUAUGUAAACUCUUUUUUAUCUGACUUUGCAAUGAACUUUGUUUAGUGCCGCCAAUCAAAAAAGUUGAAUUUCCAUAAAUCAUGGUAUUUUUUCAUAAAAAGUAUUCCAUAAAUCUCUACUGUUUUCGAUUGUAAUAACAUUUUCAACCAGUCAUAGUAAGACAAGAUUCAAUUGCAAAAAACAUCGCUAAAAUAAUUUUUUUGAUU